AAAAGGGAAGGUAUCUGUCACGUGGUUCGGCGGCGGCCGCCAUCUUGAGAAGGUGGAGGUUUGGGGGCGUGGGCGGGAGCCUAGAAACACCGACCUUGAUACCCUUCUCUCCGCCCUACCUCCCGGGUCCCUGCCCUUUGGGACUUGGGCCCUUCAGCUCACGUGCUUUCCUGACCCUUGACCUUUCCUGGCUCCUUGAUUGGGCUCACCUUGACCUUUGGCCUCUGACUUCUCUGUUGCUUCCUAGGCCAUCCCCACUCUCUAGACCCCCAGACUUGAACUUCUUUGCUCAAAAGUCACUUUCCCCAGACCUGUUCUUGGCCUCUACCCCUAAAACUCGCACCCAGGUCCCUUUCUGGGUUCCCACACGCUGUAAUUCUCCCGUGCCAAGCUCGGAGACUCUGAGCCCCCAGAAUGAGUGCCCCGGGGUGCCCGGUGCCCCCUCCCCUGCCCCCUGCCCUCCCUGCCGCGCCCCCCCACGUCUUCGGCCUGGAAAAGAGCCGCCUGCUGCAGGAGGCCCUGGCCGGCUCCGGAGGGAGUCCGGGCGCCCGGGACGAUGUGCGGCGGCUCCUGAUGCACAGCAAGGACCGGUUCAGGGGGGACUUGAAGUGGAUUCUCUUCUGUGCGGACGUGCCCUCUCUCAUCCAGGAAGGCCCCCAGUGCGGCCUGGUGGCGCUGUGGAUGGCGGGCUCUCUGCUGGCGCUCCCCCGGGACGUCCCCUUGGAGAGGAUCGUGGCCCUGGCUCGGGAGAGGGGCUACACUGCGCACGGAGAGAUGUUCUCAGCCGCCAGCAUGGCGAGGCUGGCCGAGGAGGUCUUCGGCUGCCAGGCGGAGCUGCUGGCCGGAGGCCUCGGGGAGCCCAACCGAAGCCGCGUGCUACAGCACCUCAUCUCCGGCCGCCCGCUGCUGGUCCCCUACGACGAGGACUUCAAUCACGAGCCCUGCAAGAAGAGGGGGCACAAGGCGCACUGGGCCGUGGGCGCAGGCGUGCUGCUCGGGGUUCCUGGCCCGGCCCUGAGCCCAGAUUAUGAGGAGGACACGGAGCUGAAGGGCCUGUUCUACCCGGCCUCCGGCAAGCCCCCACCACCCCUGCCAGAUCCCCCGGAGGCCAUCUACCUCCUCUGCAAGCAGGGCAAGAGCUGGCACUAUCAGCUCUGGGACUACCAGCAGCUUUGUGAGAGCAAUCUGCAGCUGGCACAGCUGGCCCCGAGCAGGACCACCGACGGCAGGGUCUACGUGGUGCCCCCCGGAGGGGUGCUGGCCGGCCUCUGCGGCCAAGCCCUGCUGCUGCGGCCCCACCCGGGGGUGACGCCGGGGCCCGAGGGAGACGGAGCAUCCAGAUGAGGGGCUGACAGCCACGGCCGUGGCCGAGUGAGGAACAUGGGACCCGGAGGCCCAAGGGCUGGGUCCUCUGGGCCACAACUACUUUUGGGGACCCUUUGUACGGUGGGGUGGGCUGUCGGGGCUCAUAAACGGCUGUGCUGCUGUGA